UCGGCCCGAGAGGCAUCGUCGUAAGUCUGUUAGGAUUUCAUUUGAAGAAGACGACGGCGAAAGAAGCAGCAGCAGCUCUUUGUAUUGGUACCAUUGUUGGGGGUUUUGAGCUUUUCGGGCAGUGGCUUUUGAUCUGAUCGCCAACCGCACAGAGAAAUGAUUCACUUUGUGCUUCUUAUUAGCCGACAAGGAAAAGUGAGGUUGACAAAAUGGUAUUCACCUUAUACACAGAAGGAAAGAACUAAGGUUCUACGUGAGCUAAGUGGAGUGAUCCUUACCCGAGGACCCAAGCUCUGUAAUUUUGUUGAAUGGAGAGGGUACAAAGUUGUUUACAAAAGGUAUGCUAGUCUGUAUUUCUGUAUGUGCAUUGAUGAAGAAGACAACGAAUUAGAGAUCCUUGAAAUAAUUCAUCAUUAUGUGGAGAUUCUGGACCGAUACUUUGGCAGUGUCUGUGAGCUGGACUUGAUUUUUAACUUCCAUAAGGCCUAUUACAUAUUGGAUGAACUACUGAUUGCUGGGGAACUUCAGGAGUCUAGCAAGAAAACAGUUGCACGGUUGAUAGCUGCACAGGAUUCAUUGGUGGAGGCUGCAAAAGAGCAGCGCAGCUCAAUAAGCAAUAUAAUUGCUCAGGCUACAAAAUAGGGGACGGGCUUGUUGCCAGAUAUAUCGGUUGACAUUGAAGUGUUAUCUGUAUUGUUGUUGUCAGUGUCUUUUUGUCUUGAAUGCACCGUUUGUUAUGAAUCUUUGUUUCAGGUUUGUACAAAUGUUACUGCUUUGAUUUUCCCUUAAUUACAUGUUUGUAUGGUUGAUUCAUCUGCCA